ACAUUAGAAGAGGGGAUUGAAACGCGAUACGGACUGGAGCAGCGCAGGGAGGCCAUUGCCUGACGUGGAAGGUGUCAGGAAGGGGGAAACAAACUCAGCCGCUGAGGAAUCGGUGAAGGUUCAGUCUGUCGUUUUUCAGAACCCCGCGGCGGCACAAUGAGUCUGGAUAAAGCUAACCUCUGUGACUCGCUGUUAACUUGGUUGCAGACAUUUCAGGCUCCAUCAUGUGAUGGCAAGCAGGAGCUAACAAGUGGAGUGGCCAUCGCUCACGUGCUCCACAGAAUAGACCCCUCUUGGUUUAAUGAGACCUGGCUCGGCAGGAUCAAGGAGGACAGCGAAGCAAACUGGCGCCUGAAGGUCAGCAACUUGAAGAAGAUUCUGAAAAGCAUGCUGGAAUAUUACCACGAUGUGCUUGGUCAGCAGGUCUCCGAUGAGCAUUUACCAGAUGUGAGCCUUAUCGGCGAGAUGGGAGAUGUGACCGAGCUGGGAAAGCUGCUGCAGCUUGUGUUGGGUUGUGCUGUCAGUUGUGAAAAGAAGCAAGAGCAAAUCCAGCAGAUUAUGACACUUGAGGAAUCUGUCCAGCAUGUUGUGAUGACAGCCAUUCAGGAGCUUUUAGCAAAAGAACCUUCAUCUGAACCAGGAAGUCCAGAGACUUACGGGGACUUUGACUACCAGUCCAGGAAGUAUUACUAUCUGAGCGAGGAACCAGAUGAGAAGGAGGACCUAAUCCAGCGCUGUAAAGAUCUUGAACACCAGCUGUCGCUGGGUGUGGAGGAGAGGUCGUCCCUGCAGGCCGAGAUCCGUUCCAUGAGAGAGAGGCUGAGCCGCAGCGACUCUCUGGACGCCUCUGCCACCACCAUCACGGGCAAGAAGCUUCUGCUGCUGCAGAGUCAGAUGGAGCAGCUGCAGGAGGAGAAUUACAGGCUGGAGAACAGCAGAGAUGACUUGCGCGUACGUGCAGACAUGCUGGAGCAGGAGGUGGCCGACCUGCAGCACAGGAACGAAGAACUGACGAGUCUGGCACACGAAGCCCAGGCGCUCAAAGAUGAGAUGGACAUCCUCAGACACUCGUCUGACCGGGUGAACCAGCUCGAAGCACUAGUAGAGACCUACAAGAGGAAGCUGGAAGAUCUAGGAGACCUGCGCAGACAGGUGCGCCUCCUGGAGGAGCGAAACACCGUGUACAUGCAGCGCACCUGCGAGCUGGAGGAGGAGCUACGCAGGGCCAACUCCGUUCGCAGUCAGCUGGACACCUACAAGAGACAGGCUCAUGAGCUUCACACCAAGCAUGCAGCAGAGGCCAUGAAGGCUGAGAAGUGGCAGUUUGAGUUCAAAAAUCUUUACGACAAAUACGACGCACUGCUGAAGGAGAAAGAACGUUUGAUUGCCGAAAGAGAUUCUCUGCGGGAGGCGAACGAUGAACUGAGGUGUGCGCAGGUCCAGCAGGGCUAUCUGAGUGGAGCAGGAGACUUGACUGACGGCGAUGUCACUGUGGGAAACCUGGCUGCAGAGAUUAUGCCUACAGAGCUAAAGGAAACCGUUGUACGUCUACAGAGCGAGAACAAAAUGCUGUGCGCUCAGGAGGAGACCUACCAACAGAAACUUGUCAAGGUCCAAGCGGAGCUAGAAGAGGCUCAGCGCAGCAAGAAUACCCUGGAAGCUCAGAACAGGUUGAACCAGCAGCAGAUCGUGGAGCUCCGUUCUCAGGUGGAAGAGCUCCAGAGAGCGCUCCAGCAGCAGGACAGCAAGAACGAGGACGCCAUCUCAUCCUUAUUGAAGAAAAAGCUGGAGGAGCAUCUGGAGAAACUCAACGAAGCUCACUCAGACCUGCGAAAGAAGCGAGAGGUCAUAGACGACCUGGAGCCUAAAGCCGACAGCAACAUGGCCAAGAAGAUAGAUGAACUCCAGGAGAUCCUUCGGAAGAAAGACGAGGACAUGAAACAGAUGGAGCAACGAUGCAAAAAAUACAUGGAGAAAGCCAGAACGGUGAUUAAAACUCUGGAUCCGAAGCAGCCGGCUCCGACUCCUGACAUCCAGUCUCUGCAAAACCAGCUGACGGAAAAGGAAAGAAGAAUCCAGCAUCUGGAGCACGACUAUGAAAGGAGCAAAGCCAGACAGAACCAGGAGGAGAAACUCAUCAUCUCUGCCUGGUAUAACAUGGGUAUGGCUUUGCAUCAGCAGGUGUCUGAAACGCGGCUUGGACCCUCCAACCAGGCCAUGUCUUUCCUGGCCCAGCAGAGACAGUCCACCAAUGCCAAGAGGGGCCUGAUGCGACACCAUCCCAGAUGAGAAGAGACCUCCAGGCAGGAAGCUUCUCUGAGAUCAAGCAAAGGCGGGAAGAUUGAGACUCCCUCUGAACUCUCUGCACCUUUACCUCGAUGCCUUCGCUGGAUGUUUUCUUCCACUCUCAUGCUGCUACUGCCCCCUGCUUGCUGUUAACACGCCUCAGUGGAGACUACCACUGAGACUCACAGACAGGAAUGGAAACGUGCAUAAAGCUGGGGGAUUUUUUUUUUUUUUUUUUUUUUUUCACCUUUUCAGGUGAUUUUUGUUUUUUCUGUAACUUAUUUUCAUCAUUUUAUAUUCAAUUAUAGGAUAAAGAGCACUAACAGAGUAGGUUAAGUCGGUUUUAAUACGAUGAAGGAUGUUUUAUUCGGAACAAAGUGGACUGAGAUCCCUUCGCUUUGUAUUUUCUCCAGUUCUUUUAGUUUUGUUUUGUUAGUUUUG